AUGGAGCACAAGCCCAUGUUGCUGACAGCAUUCGGUGUUGGGGUUGGUCUCGGAGCAAGCCUUGGGUUGAGCUCAGGGCUUGUUGGAGGAGGGAAUGGCGAGGCGGGUGAUGAGCUUUAUGGUGAACAGAUUGAGCAGGAGCUUUUGAGGCAGGUGAUCGAUGGAAAGGAAUGCAAAGAAACUUUUCAAGAGUUUCCGUAUUACUUAAGUGAAAGAACUCGAGAGUUAUUGAAAAGUGCUGCAUCUGUUCAUUUAAGGCAACUUUUCUUUUCCAAACACACUCGGAACCUUUCACCAGCAAGCAGGGCAAUUCUGCUUUCUGGACCCGCGGAAUUUUACAUACAAACGCUUGCCAAGGCUUUAGCACAUCAUUUUGACUCAAAGUUGCUGCUGCUAGAUGUAGCUGACUUCUCUUCCAAGAUACAGAGCAAAUAUGGAUGUGCAAGUAAAGAAUCAUCUUCUAAAAUUUCGUUAUCUGAGGUGGCUUCCCAGGGAGUGUCGGAUUUGAUUGGUUCUGUCCUCUCGUCAAACGGCAAAACUAAAGGCACUUUUCAGAAACACAGUAAUGCUACUGGAAGUCCCAAUAUUACUUCAAAUCUUCGUGGGGCUACUGCUUGCCAAUCUGCUCCAGCAGAUUCUGCUAAGCAGAAAAGUAGCUUGUGUAUCAAUGAAAAACUCUUUAUGCAGUUGCUUUAUAAGGUAUUGGUUUCUGUGUCAGAAAAGAGUUCCAUCAUCUUGUACAUCAGGGAUGCUGACAAGAUUUUCCUCCAAUCAGAGCAACUGUAUAAUUUGUUUAACAAUAUGCUGGGGGAACUUCGAGGGCCAGUGCUGAUACUUGCUUCCAAGAUCGCAGUCCAAACCGAAAAACUUGGAAAUCUCCCACCAUGGGUAGUGCUGUCUUGCAAAGAGAAUAAAUGUUCAAAAGUUGAUGAAAGGCUCGCAGGAUUGUUCCCUUACAUCAUUAAGAUCAAGCCACCAGAAGAUGAAAAUGAUCUUGAGGAAUGGAAAGCCCAGCUGGAAGAGAACAAGAAAACAAUUAAGUCUCAAGAUAACAGAAACCACAUUGCUGCUGUACUGGUAGAAAAUGAUGUUGAAUGUAGAGACUUGAAUUCAAUCAGCCAUGAGGACACAAAGAUACUAGGUAAACAUGUCGAAGAAAUUGUGUUAUCUGCAAUAUCUUACUACUUGAUGAAUACCAAGGAUCCAGAAUAUCGGAAUCAAAAGCUUGUAAUAUCAUCUGAGAGCUUGUCCCAUGGUUUGGAUCUAUUUCGCAAAAAGGAAAGCAGUGACAAGGGAAAGAAGCAAGGGACUAGUGUAAAGAAGCAAGAAACUAGAGGAAAAAAGGAAGUUCGUCCAGACAAUCAGCAUGAGGGGCACAUAAGAGAAGAACUUAUCCCUGCGAAUGAGAUAGGAGUUACAUUCUCAGAUAUUGGUGCUUUAGAGGAAAUUAAGGAAUCACUACAAGAGCUAGUCAUGCUUCCAAUUCGAAGACCAGAGCUCUUCAAAGGUGGGCUUCUUAAGCCUUGUCGAGGCAUAUUGCUCUUUGGACCUCCGGGUACUGGAAAAACAAUGCUUGCAAAGGCAAUUGCAAAUGAAGCAGGAGCUAGUUUCAUUAAUGUCUCCAUGUCUACCAUCACAUCAAAGUGCUUUGGAGAAUCUGAGAAGCAUGUCCGUGCUCUGUUCUCUCUAGCUGCAAAGGUUUCUCCGACUAUCAUUUUCAUUGAUGAGGUUGAUAGCUUGCUCGGGAGUCGAGCAAGAUGUGGAGAGCAUGAGGUUACGAGGAGGAUUAAGAAUGAAUUCAUGACCCAUUGGGAUGGUCUAUUGACAAAACAAGAUGAGAGAAUUCUGGUUCUUGCAGCAACCAAUAGGCCAUUCGACCUUGAUGAUGCAAUCAUAAGGCGAUUUGAGCGAAGAAUCAUGGUUGGUCUUCCAUCAGUUGAGAGUAGGGAGAUUAUCUUGAAAACUCUGCUAAGUAAGGAAGAUACUGAAAAUUUAGACUUGAAGGAGAUUGCAGUCAUGACAGAGGGAUAUACUGGAAGCGACCUCAAGAAUUUGUGCACUGCUGCUGCUUAUCGACCUGUUAGGGAGCUAAUAAAACAGGGGAAGUUGGAGGCUUUGGAGAAGAAUAAAGAAGAGGCCGAGGGCCAAAACUCAAAAGCUGCUUCAAGUGCCAAAGAGGAUACAAAAGAGAAAAACAAAAGUGACAUGUGCAUGGAUGAAGAAUUCUUCAUGCAGUUGCUUUAUAAGGUCGUGGUUUCUGUCUCAGAAAAAAGUUCCAUUAUAUUAUACAUCAGGGAUGUUAAUAGGAUUUUCCUAGAAUCAGAACAACUGUAUAAGUUGUUUCAAGAAAUUCUAGAGAAACUUUCAGGGCCAAUUUUGAUACUUGGUUCCCAAAUAACUGAUAUUGAAGAUGAAUGGUCAGAAGAUGAAUUGCUGGGAAAUGAGUGGUUACCAUGUUUUGUUCCACCACCAGAAGCUGGUGCAGAAGUUGAUGAAAGGAUCGCUGCAUUAUUCCCUUACAAUAUUCAGAUCAAACCUCCUAAAGAUGAGCAUAAUCUUCAAAACUGGAAAACCCAACUAGAGGGGGACAAGAAAACAAUUCAGUCUCAAGAUAACCAAAACCACAUUGCUCAAGUACUAGCAGAAAUGGAUGUUGAAUGUAAAGACUUGAAUUCAAUCAACCACGAGGAUACAGAAGUACUAAGCAAACAUAUUGAAGAAAUUGCGGUAUCUGCAGUAUCUUACUACUUGAUGAAUACCAAGGAUCCAGAAUAUCAUAAUGGAAAGCUUGUAAUAUCAUCUGAAAGUUUGUGCCACAGUUUGGGUCUAUUCCGCAAAACCAAUACUGUCAAUGAUACUCAGAAGACAGAGACUGAUGGAAAGAAAGAAGUUCCUCCGGACAAUAAUUAUGAAGCGAACAUGAGAUCAGAGCUUAUCCCUGCAAAUCAGAUAGGAGUUACAUUCGCAGAUAUUGGUGCAUUAGAGGAAGUUAAGGAAUCACUCCAAGAGCUAAUCAUGCUUCCACUUCGAAGACCAGAGCUCUUCAAAGGUGGACUUCUUAAGCCUUGUCGAGGUAUUCUACUUUUCGGACCACCAGGAACCGGCAAAACAAUGCUUGCAAAGGCAAUUGCACAUGAGGCAGGAGCAAGUUUCAUCAAUGUCCCAAUGUCUGCCAUCACAUCAAUGUGGUAUGGAGAAGCUGAGAAGAAUGUCCGAGCUAUCUUCACACUGGCUGCAAAGGUUUCUCCAACUAUUAUUUUUAUUGAUGAGGUUGAUAGCUUGCUUGGGCAAAGAGCAAGAUGCGGAGAGCAUGAGGCUACGAGGAGGAUUAAGAAUGAAUUCAUGACCCAUUGGGAUGGCCUGUUGACAAAACAAGAUGAGAGAAUUCUGGUUCUUGCCGCAACCAACAGGCCAUUUGACCUUGAUGAUGCAAUCAUAAGACGGUUUCAGCGAAGAUUCAUGGUUGGUCUUCCAUCUGUUGAGACUAGGGAGAUUAUCUUGAAAACCAUGCUAGCCAAGGAAAAUACUGAAAAGUUAGACUUCAAAGAGCUUGCAAUCAUGACAGAGGGAUAUACUGGGAGCGACCUCAAGAAUUUGUGCACUGCUGCUGCUUAUCGACCAGUUAAGGAGCUAAUAAAGCAGGAGAGAUUGAAGGAUAUGGAAAAGAAUAAAAAUGAAGCUGAAGGCCAAAGCUCAGAAGCCGCUUCAAGUGCCAAAGAGGAUACAAACGAGAAAGAAAAGAACAAGAAAGAUGCUGAAGGCCAGGGCCAAAGCUCAAAAGCUGAUUCAAGUGCUAAGGAGAACAAAGAAGAUCCAGUAACUACCCUAAGGCCUAUAAACAUGGAAGACAUGAUUCAGGCUAAGAAUCAGGUUCCCCCAAGUUUUGAUGAUAAUGGAUUAAUAAUGCGAGAACUGCAGCAGUGGAAUAAGCUCUAUGGAGAACGAGUUUUGCUGUAGAAAUAUACCUAACUAUCGAAUUUCAGUCAAUGCCCUUGUUUGGCAUCAUCGAAGUAUCUUCUAUUGAGCAAAACAUUGUCAUUUUGAGCCCAUGCUUGGAGGGCUGUUCCAAGACACUGUCGCCAUUUAGGACUCAUAAUAGGAAAUGAAAGGUAAGUAUAAUUUGUCAUUGGGUUGUAUGCUCGUGUGAGUGUUUGGGCAUUUAAUAGCUUGAUCUUGUUGGGAUUUAGAGCAGAAAGCGUAGCAAUAAAAAAAUUAUUUAUUUUUUUGAUCCCAGGUCCUUGUGGAAAAUUUCUAUAUUGGAUAAGAGAACAUAAGUUAUACUUUUACUGCAAGGAGAUAUCAUUGAUUGUUGAAUCACUUGAGAAAAGAAUAUAGUUGCUUCUACG